AGGCAAGGUCAGCGUCAGCAGAUCUGACCCUAAAAAUAGGCUCUUGGAUGUCAGUGGAGGUGGCCGGGUGUGCAGCUACCACACGCCACACAGACCAGCACCUCCUGACCCGACCAGGCCCCAGCGCACCCAGAAAGGCUCCAAGAUGACAUCCAGAGAACCAAAGACAAGCCUCCAAAAUGCCUACGCGCCUGCCAAGAGGCUGCCGCCGAAGGUGGAGGGAGAGGUAGAAGCGGAUGAGUACUGCACUCCCGGAGCCUUCGAGCUGGAGCGUCUCUUCUGGAAGGGCAGUCCUCAGUACACCCAUGUCAACGAGGUCUGGCCCCAGCUCUACAUCGGUGAUGAGGCGACGGCGCUGGACCGCUUCGGGCUGCAGAAGGCGGGCUUCACGCACGUGCUGAACGCGGCUCACGGCCGCUGGAACGUGGACACGGGGCCCGACUACUACCGCGACAUGGCCAUCGAAUACCACGGCGUUGAGGCCGACGACCUGCCCACCUUCGACCUCAGCGUCUUCUUCUACCCAGCAGCCGCUUUCAUCGACGCGGCGCUCAGCCGGGACCACAGCAAGAUCCUGGUUCACUGUGUCAUGGGCCGCAGCCGGUCGGCAACCCUGGUCCUGGCCUACCUGAUGAUUCACAAGAACAUGACCGUGGUGGACGCCAUUCGACAAGUGGCCAAGAACCGCUGUGUCCUGCCCAACCGGGGCUUUCUGAAGCAGCUCCGGGAACUGGACAAGCAGCUGGUGGAGCAGAGGCGACAGGCCCAGCGCAGUGACAACAGUGAGAAGGCUGGUGAGAAGGAACCGUAGGGCCCCUCACAGGGCACGCAGAGACACUCAGGAAUGGAGAGGGAAGGCCGAAAUC